AUGCGAAUCUCUACACUUACUGUCGCUCUAGCAGCGCUCCAGACUGUUGCUGCUCAUACUGUCUUUACGACACUUUUCGUGGACGGCGUUGACCAAGGCGAUGGGACCUGCGUCCGUAUGCCGAUGACGCCAAGCAAUGCAACAGAUCCCGUCAACGAUCUAGCAAGCAGUGAUAUGGCUUGUGGAUUCGAUGGCACGAAAGGGGUUGCGCGAGUCUGUUCUACGAACCGCGCAGCGAAAUUGAAUUUUGUCUUUCGAGAAUAUGCAGACGCAUCGCAACCGGGAGCAUUAGAUCCAAUCCACAAGGGGCCUUGCGCCGUCUACAUGAAGAACGUCAAAUCAGCUAUCAAUGAUCCCGCAACGGGCGAUGGGUGGUUCAAAAUCUGGGAUGAGGGCUACGACCAGACCACCUCUCAAUGGUGCACCGAGAAGCUCAUGCAAAACAAUGGCGUCCUCUCCGCCCAGAUUCCAGAUAACCUGGCUGGCGGAUACUACCUUGUGCGGCCCGAACUUUUGGCUCUGCAUCAAUCUGACAAGAAUCCCCCCAAUCCGCAAUUCUACCUUGGGUGCGCCCAGAUAUUUAUUAACUCGACCGCAACGGCCCUCCCCAAGGAUACCGUGAAGAUCCCCGGAUACACGAAUAUAUCUGAUCCAGCAGUACUUUUUAAUAUCUACACAUUAAAUCUGCCAUACCAUACGCCGGGACCGGGGGCAUACAAGUCUGGAGUGAGUGCAACUGUCGAUACCAAACCCGUGGAGCAGCAAACAGAGGGCUUGCUUCCUUCAAAUGUGGUCCUGACGAACGCGAAUUGGUGGGCAGCUGAGCUGAACUCGUAUUCUGACCAAGCUGGCUGCUCGAACGCCUCUGAAACGUGUUAUGGCAAAGCUAAGAGCUGUUAUGAUUCGUCACCUCCUACGGGCUCGAAGAACUGCCGUAUUUGGGAACAAAAGUGCAAAGAUAUUCAAACCGCAUGCCAAGGGAACCAGCUCAACGGACCGCCUAAUAAAGGGAAGAUUUUGACGCCGCCCCAGCAGUCAGGAGUAGAACUUCCUUCCCCAUCUGCAGCAUCGGCAUCUCCCCCGUACGCAAGUGUAUCGGCUGGAAGCCCAGCAUCAUCUGCGGCAUCGGCACCUUCUCCAUAUGCAAGUGUAGCGGCCGCAAACCCAGCGUCACCUUCAUCUUCAGUAUCUGCUCCAAACUCCUCAUCUCUUCAAGUUUCACAAGAUGGGCAAUGUGGAAAGGACUUGGGACAGGCAUGCAAGGGAAGCAAGUUUGGGGAUUGUUGCUCAGAUAAGGGAUGGUGUGGGAGCAGCGAUGCAUAUUGUAGUGCUGGGUGUCAGGCUGAAUUUGGAGUUUGUGGGCAAUCUCAGCCUACGGGGCUGAGAAGGAGAGAUAUGAGAUUGGCGAAGAGAGUAAGAAUUUAUAGACCAUAUGACGACUCCCCGGAGGGCUCUUGA